AUGAAUGGCCGCAACGGUACAAUGUCCCCCGUCUCCGCUGAUGACAGCGAAUGGUCUGGCAUCGGCCAAUAUCAACUCGGACUCAAUGCUCCCCUCUCUCCGUCAGUACAGAAUCGCGGAAAUCUAGCGACUCCUCCGAGUUCAGGUGCUCCCACCCCGACUGGCUCUCUAGGUCUGAAUGGUGGCAACCCGAUGCCUCGACGACCGGGCGACCCCGGUAACCCAUCGCCUCCGAGUUCUGUUGCUGCCAGAUCAAGUGUAGGAACGCUACCAGACCAGCAAGGCGGCCGUUAUCGCAGGAUGGAAGAUUCGCUUGCUCAACAUUACAAUGCAGUUCGCCGGUUUCUGGGAAACCCGCAUGCGAGUGAUAGGGCUGCUAUGAAAACGAACAAAGCUCGGGAUAAACUUUUGAGACUAUCACCAACACAAUUUCACGAAUUGAGUACCGACGUUUUUGAUGAGCUUGUCCGCCGUCAACAAGCUGCCGGAGGUCCAGGACGGCCUCCGCGGACAGAUAUUCCACCUUCACUACCACCUCGGCCAGACUUUCACGAAAAGCGAAACCAGGCUCGUCAGAAACUUGCAUCGUUGCAGCAUCCACGAUUCCGUGACUUGGCUACCGACGUCUUUUGUGAGUUGGAACGACGGUUCCCCCAGUUUGCUGGUCCAGAUGUCCCGCGUGUUGGAAGUCCUGCAGGUAGUAUGCGCGGUGGUCCGCCUCGAGGAAACGGGCCGAUGAAUGGUUUUCGACCUGGUUCGAACGGAUUUCCACCGAACGGAUAUCCCGGCGGGUCUCGACCAGCGUCGCGUGGCCCUGGUGGCAGAGGGUAUCCUCCUGGUCCUGGGGGUCCCGGAGGCCCUGGCGGGCCUCCUGGUGGACGAUUCCCUCCGCGUCAGCAAUCUCUCAGCGGUGGAAUAAGCCCUGGCGGAGAGGAGCCUUUGGCGAAGUCAUUUCAGAGCAAUACGAUCGUCCCGAAUAAGAGUACUCUCGUGGAGGAUGACGAUGAUGGCGGAUUGGACGACGAUUUUGAUGGACGCAGCGAUGCUUUUGGACUGGACGCCUUACAGAGUCGAAGAGGAACGACAACCACUUUAGGGGAGAAAAAACUUCUGUCAGACAGCCAAGCCCAAGUUACAACGUUACAAGAACGUGUUGAUGAACUCCAAGCUUUGAUGAAGAGCAAAGAUGAGGAAAUAUCUCGCUUGCAGGACGAGCAGGAGAAAUCACAGAUCAGUACCAGUGAACGCAAUGAAUGGGAAGGCGUCAAGUCUGAGCUGGAGACCAAACUCACCGACGUCGAAAAUGCAAACACAUACCUUCAGAAUAAGCUAGAACAAAUGCAGCAAGAACAUGCCCAGAAAGAGCGCGAAUUGCGGGAACAAAUCGAGGCUGCGCAAAGUGCGGGUGUAGAUGUCGAGCUUCAAGAACGAUACAGCGACCUCGAGAUACGACACGAAUCUCUUCAGUCGCAAUUGCAAGAGCAACAGAAGACCACCGAAGAAGUGCGCCGCGACGCUAGCAACUUCUUGAAGGAAAUGAGGGCCAUGUCGGAACGAAGUAAUGCCACUUGGGAACAAGAAGAAAAGCUUUCUCGCGAUUUCAACCGACUCGAGGAAGAAGUCAAGGAGUGGAAAAAUCGAUAUGUCAGGGCCAAGACUCAGCUACGACACUUGCGUACAUCGACUGUCGGAAUUCCUAAUCUACAUACCGACGUUGGUAUGGCCGCGAGAGAGAACGAACUCAUCCAUGAGCAUGGACUGGUCAAAGAUGCACAUGUCACCAAGUUCCAAAUGUCUAUUGAUGAACUGUUGCGUUCAGCUCGUUCUGGUGAGCCCAGUCUCGUCCUCGAGCAGAUGAAAGUGGUCGUUGUAGCUGUGCGUCAUAUGAUGAAUGACACCGAGACCGGAGCUGAGGUGUCUCCUGCACAGAAACGAGCAAAGUCCAGAGUCUCGGCCACUGCCAACAACCUGAUCACGGCAUCCAAGAACUUUGCCGGCUCCAACGGCCUAUCGCCUGUGUCUUUGCUUGAUGCGGCUGCAUCUCACCUAAGCACUGCAGUCAUUGAGCUCUUGCGCCUGGUCAAAGUUCAAGCCAGUCCCAUUGAAGAUUUUGAAGAUGAAAACGAGGACAAUAUUGCUCCAAUGCAAUCGCCCGGCUACUUCAGCAUAGCUGCCAGUCAAUCUCGAUUGAGCAACAAUGAGUCUGUAUAUAGUGCGAUCAGCAGUCCGUCAGCCAGGACUCGAAGUAUAGCUCAUUCGCGACGAACAAUGUCUCGCAGUGGAAUUCCUAUUCAGGGCCUUGCUAUUGGAAAGGCAGGAUACGGCGCCGUGCGUCCUCAAGACCAUGAAUUGGAGGAGUUGAAGCUAUAUCUUGAGGAUCAAACUGAGGGCCUUGUGCAGACUAUUCAAGCGCUUGUGGCCAGCAUCCGUGGCGCAGAAAAUAUCUCAGCCAUCCGUAACCACAUCAGCGCGAUAUCGAUUGUGGUAGGCAACGUGGUUGCAUCGACAGACCAUGCCAUGGACAAAGCCGAGAUCAGUCCCGCAGUACGCGAACGCUUAGGACCAGUUGUUCAAAGCCUAGCCGAAUGCUCAGACCGUUUAUCUCACACAGCAGCUGAAGGAGAAGAGAUCGAAAGCCCCGAACAACUUCGUGACCUGACCGCCAAAUUGCCUCCCAUCGCUUUUGAAAUUGCCCGUGAAACGAAGGAACUCGUCCAACGCAUUGAUCAGCUUGAGCUUGACGAAGGCAAUAGCGACGACUUCCGAUAA